CUGCGGCCGGGGACCGGCGGACACCCCAGCGGGCGCGUAAAGGCGCACGAGGGCGCACGGCGGCUUCCUCCUCCUGCUGCUGCUGCCGCCGCCGCUGCUCCUUCCCUCUGUCUCCCUGCCCGGCCGGCCAUGUCGGGCGGCGCGGGGGUGAAGAAGCGCGGCUCGGCCGGCUCUCCGGGGCCGGAGGAGGAGCAGAUGCUGGGGGCAGGAGCGGCGGCGGGGCCGGCGGCGGAGAACGGCUGCGCGCCCGGGGCCGGCCCGGCGCAGUCGGAGGUGGCGCUGAAGCGGACCAUCACGCUGGGCAACGGCGUGGCGCUGAUCGUGGGCACCAUCAUCGGCUCGGGCAUCUUCGUGACGCCGACGGGGGUGCUGCGCGAGGCGGGCUCGGCGGGGCUGUCGCUGGUGGUGUGGGCGGCCUGCGGGCUCUUCUCCAUCGUGGGCGCGCUCUGCUACGCCGAGCUGGGCACCACCAUCUCCAAGUCCGGCGGCGACUACGCCUACGUGCUGGAGGUCUACGGCGCGCUGCCCGCCUUCCUGAAGCUCUGGAUCGAGCUGCUCAUCAUCCGGCCCUCCUCGCAGUACAUCGUCGCCUUCGUCUUCGCCACCUACCUGCUCAAGCCCUUCUUCCCCACCUGCCUCGUGCCCGACCAGGCCGCCAAGCUCGUCGCCUGCCUCUGCGUCCUGUUGCUCACGGCAGUGAACUGCUACAGCGUGAAGGCUGCCACCCGCGUGCAAGACGCCUUUGCGGCCGCCAAGCUCCUGGCGCUCACCUUGAUCAUCAUCCUUGGGUUCGUUCAGCUUGGAAGACAUGACGUCACAAACCUCAGCAUCGAUCACUCCUUUGAGGGCACGAACCUUGAAGUCGGGAAAAUAGUCUUGGCCCUGUACAGUGGCCUUUUUGCUUACGGAGGCUGGAAUUAUUUGAAUUUCGUUACUGAAGAGAUGAUCAACCCGUACAGAAACCUGCCCCUGGCCAUCAUGAUCUCUCUGCCUAUCGUUACCUUGGUUUACGUCCUGACCAACCUGGCUUAUUUCACCACCCUGUCGGUCGAUGAGAUGCUGGCGUCAGAAGCGGUGGCCGUGGAUUUCGGUAACUACCACUUGGGAGUCAUGGCUUGGAUCAUCCCCGUCUUCGUCGGUUUGUCAUGCUUUGGGUCCGUCAACGGAUCCCUUUUCACCUCGUCUAGACUCUUCUUCGUCGGGGCCCGCGAAGGGCACCUGCCCUCCCUCCUGUCCAUGAUCCACCCCCGGCUCUUCACUCCGCUCCCCUCCCAAGCUCAUUCUUCCACGUGCAUCAUUGUGGCGGCUGCUGCAAUAAUGCGCCUUCUCAGCGACAUCUUCGGGCCGUCAUCCAGCUUCUUCCCAGCUUCUUCCAACUGAAAACGCUGUGCAGUGGCUGGCCAAUACUCACCGAGGAUGCUGUGUAACUCUUGCGGUACAAGAAGCCGGAGCUGGAGCGGCCCAUAAAGGUCAACCUCUCCUUGCCUGUCUUCUUCAUCCUGGCCUGCGUCUUCCUCAUCGUCGUCUCCUUCUGGAUGACUCCCAAGGAGUGUGGCAUCGGCUUCGCCAUCAUCCUCAGCGGGGUCCCCGUUUACUACAUCGGCGUCUGGUGGCAAAAUAAACCCAAGUGGCUUCUGCAGUUGAUAUACUCUACAACAGUCAUGUUCCAGAAACUGAUGGAAGUCGUCCCCCAAGAGUCUUAAGAGCAAGAAAAACGUCAGCGUGUACGGCUCGAAGGCAGCGCACAAUUUUUAGUUUUGAAAAACCCGAGUAUUUCUGAUUCCUCGUUAAAAAUCCAAGCCGUUGGGCCUCCAAGGAAACCGCCCCCCGGAAUCCCGCAGCCCGCAUGCCCUGCUUCCACCGCCGUUCCUUGCUUCCAAUCCCCAGCUGCAGAGAAGGAGAGUUCUGAGUAUAAAUUUCAAUAUCGUGGGAAGAGAAGAGCUUCAGAAUGUCUCAGUUGCUCGUCGAACCAAGGAGCCCAGUCGGAGACGGUUCUGUUAACGUUUACAUGAGUGGCUGCGCUCAUUGGAGUCAAUUCUCGGUUCUUCAUUUUGCUAGUGAAUUAGUUUGUCCAUCCCAGGAAAACGAGGUUCUAAGAGCUGCCAGCAUUCCACGGAGGCCUCAAUCUCUGCUGAAAUUUAAAAAAAGAUCCCGUGCUGCUGGUUUCAUCGGGGGCAAAGGUUUUCCUAAAUGUCACACUCCUGAACACUAACGGACAGGGACCUGCGAAAUAAAAUAAAAUGUGACUUUUCAUUGCGGACCAGCUCCGAUAUCAGUCCAGACAGAGUUGGCUACUCCAACAUGAACUUAUUAUUUUUAUUGUUAUUAUUAAUAAUAAUAAUAUUUAGAGAUCUCUUUUUUAUUUUUUAAGCUUCCUUUCCUUGAGACUGCCAUGUAGUUUUGCUUUGCUAUCAUCUUGCAAUAAAUGUUUUAUAUGUCGUCCUGUCUGUGACGUUAGCGACCGUUUUGAGCAACUCCAGUUGAUGCUGGUGCGCCGGCAGAAAAGCACGUUCCACCCGACUUGCUCCAAACGCACAAAGACCAGCCCCGAGCAGUGAGUUUUCGUGCGCCGGCAGGCAUGGUGUGCAGGCUGGCGUUGGCCUUUCUCCAGCGCCAAAAGAGAAAUCCAAUCCGUGUGCCGUUUGCUUUCUCACUGUGACUAAUGUCCCAUCGAUAGACUCGCUCUGGCGGUUUUGUGUGCUGGUCAACCCAGAAGGCUUCCAUGGGUGAGGGAAGCAAAAGAGUGUGGCACGGCACAAGUUUUGCCUCGGGCUCACUGUGGGUGCUUAUAAGCAAGAAGAUAAGUCUUGGAAUGUAUGCUGCAAUCUUUCUUCUUUUUACUCUUCUUGGUAACUACCCUGGUGCUGUACUACUUAUUGCCAUGGAACUUGGGACCACAUAGGUUAGAGUUGGGGAGAAAUCUGCAUUUCCUAUGAAUUGCUAUUUGCGUGCAUCUGCAUUGUAACAUUUUUGCUUCGUCGUUCCUGGGAGAUGGGGGGACGUGGGGGGGGGGGACGCUUGAAUUUUUCGUCCCAAAAUCCUGACUCACCUCGGGGUGGGAUUUAAACUGCCCUUGGGAAGUCCUGCCAUCCAGAAUGUAAUACUUCCAAAGCUCAUGACCCCGCAAAGUUCUGUGAAUCCUGAUUCUUGGGUCAUCUCAACAAGGCUGUGUUUUUGAAACACAAGAGCAGCCGCACAGUGGUUUUAUCCCAUCAAUAUCCAUAUGGUGGUUGGGUUAUUAGUUGGUGUUGGCAAGAUAACUUUUGUUUUCAUUCAGAAUGUGGUCUUUUGGAAUACCAAAGAUCACAGGGCAAUUGAGAAGGAAGUAGCUGCCAUGGGCCAUAACUCUUCCACUUCAGAAAGAGCUCCGAGUGUUUUCCUUUCUGCCUGCUCACAUUCUGGCUAACAACAGCCAACCUAAAGGAGCGUUGGCUCCCUACAGAACGUUGACCCUACAAAGCAUCCUGGGAGUUGUAGUUCUGUAAAGGCAGAGAACGGUGUGUCUCCUAUCCAGGCCCUUCACAGAAUUACAAGUCCUGGACUACUGUGGUUGAGAACCAUGGGGUUUGAGAAAAGGCUUAAAUAUUAUAGGGUAGACAUGCCUUGAGUUGUAAGUUUCACCUUUUCCUUAGAAAUAAAUGUAAGCCAACAGUUGGCCCUUGGGAAAAUUUUGUUGAGCGUCCAUGUUUCUUUCUUAGCUAGAUUUGUGGAGCCCUCAACAAAUCCAGUCAUUCCAGUAUCCUGGAAGCCCUUGAUGACUUUGUAAGGAAGAAUGUAUUAUUCCGCUGUCAUAUUAACAGCUUGUAUCAUUACGGAAGAGGGAAUAAUAUCUCGCCCUUUAAAGUAACUUUUUUUUCCUUUGAAUAAGCCCAGAUGUCCAAAACAAAAGCCAACGCAUCAGUCCUUUUGCACAACGAGCACGUUAUUUAUUUAUUUAUUUUUAACUUUGGGGUACUUUUCAGAAAAAAGGAUCAGCUUUUGGUACAUUUUAUCAAUUCAAUUAGCCAUCAGUGGUUGAGCACCUGCUUAAAAUGUGUCCUCCUGUUGCUGUCAGUUAAAUUUUAACAAUAAAGUUUAGUAAUGAAAUAUCUCCAUUUUAACAUUGGAGACAAGGACUAGAUCUUUUUGAGCAGCUGUGAUCUUGCGGCUUCAGAGAAAGGAUUUAUCUUGGGGAGCCCUUGGGCAUGUUCUCAAAUGAGAGAAUCCCUCCUCCUGCAGGCAAGACUGGAAUUGCCUCGCAUUUUCAAGGCAAUACAUUCAGGGACAGCUCAUGCUGACAGUGGAAGACCUCUUGAUUUCUGCUAGGUCCACCAUUUCCAUCUUCCUAGACCAGUGGUGGCGAACCUUUGGCACUCCAGACGUUAUGGACUACAAUUCCCAUCAGCCCCUGCCAGCAUGGCCAAUUGGAGUGCCAAAGGUUCGCCACCACGGUCCUAGACCCAUCCAAGAGGUCUCUGUAUUCUUGUUUUGAAUUUCCUUUGCAGUUGGCUUGUCAGUUUAGUCCAAGGGAAAAAUCUGCACAAGAAACUCCCUCCUUUGAUGCCGGAGCAUCAAGCAUCCUCUACCUACCUGGGUCACAGUCCAGUUUAAAUGAGAAGCAGUAUGAUUGCAAAGGCCUGUAUGGGUGGGCUGUUCCUUUCGCUUUGGGCAGCACCAUGUUCAACUUGUGCCCCAGAAAAGAACAAUGGGGUGAGUUGAUGCCCACGGAGAUUAGGUAUUUCAAAACAGUUGGUGGCUCACAAAUACCUGUUCCUAAUGUUUUGAGGACAUCCAGUUGUUUUUUUGGCAGGAUGAAGGAAAAGCAAAAAACAUUGAUGCUGGAGGGAAAAAUAUUGUCUGUAGAAGAUAUAAAUCUUUUUUGCCUCAAGCACUGUUUGUUUUUUCCUUUUCCUUUAUUUUGCUUGGGGCAGCAAUAACCUUUUUUCCCCUUAUUGGUGGGGUGGGGGGUAGGAAGAUGUGUCUAAACCUUUCUCUUGCCAUAGAUUCCAGAAGCUUUCCUUGUUUCUCGUAAAAGACUCUCUUGCUGUGCUGAAAAGCGUGGUAACUGUCCUUUCCAAGCCAAUGAUUUGUGCUAAAGCAGAACAAAGAGACAGUUUAUAGACUAUUUGUUGCCUGUUUGUGAUGGUAAAAAUGGUAGAUAAUUAUUGGGGGGGGGUGAUUCACAGAUGCAGAUUAUUAUUAUGAUGUAUUUCUUCAUGACGACCUGUUUAAUAUUUCUGUGGGUGGCUUUGUAGCAGAUGUUCUAACUGUGUUCUGUGUUACAAAACCAUUUCUGGUGGUUUGUAUUCUAAAUUCUAGGAAAUGAAUUGCCGUUGACUUGAGAUAUUUCUGAAAGACGGGCGGCGGGGCGGGGGGAGAAAGAGUUGUUACCUCUGUGGUGGAUUUCACAUUUCUGUAGCACUUCUCGUAAUUGCAAGACCUGCCAGGUCUGUUUUGGAGACAUAAGGCUAGUUUUUAGGGCUGAAGCUCAGAGAACCGAUCAUAAUGUGUCAUUGAAGUGACUGUGUCCGACACUGUUCGUCUGUAAAAUAAAGAAACAUUUUCUUAA